AUGUUGCCCAAGGCCUGGCUCUCCGUUUUUGUCUUGACUGUCGCAUCGUCGGCCUUUACCCUCGAGGAUCUACACAUGGACGGCAUCAACCAGUACCUCCACCAGGGCAAGAGGCAAGACGCCGAAGGCACUGGCGGCUCAUCACCAUCCGCCACGCCCGCGCCAUCCUCAGCAGCACCUCCAGCGUCCUCCGCCGCACCACCUGCCACGUCGUCGGCCGCACCUCCAGCAACAUCCGCGACUCCCGAGCCAGAACCCUCAACCACCAACAACCCACCGCCGUCCAACGAUCCCACAUCCGACGCUCCCGCACCUUCGACUACCGCUGCCGCACCCACUUCCGAUGGCGGCAACAACAACAACAAUAAUAAUAACAACAACGACGCUUCAACAACCGCGGCGGGCACGAGUCGCACUGGUGGAGGUGGCGGCGCCGCUAACUCACCAACGGCCACCGAAGAUGGCAGCUCUUCCGUACGAACGACCGCGAUUGUCAGGACUUCCGCUCUCUUCUCCACCUCGGUGUUCGAGUAUACCACGACUCUCGACACAACCCUGAGCGAUGGCAGAGUAACCAAAGCGACCUCGACAGGCACCAGCACUUCCGUCUCUUCCACCGGUGAAGCCGUCGUCACCGACCCGCCCACCGCACAAGCAGGUGACAGCGACAACGGCGGUGGCAUCAGUGACUCCAACAAGAAGGUUAUCGGGGGUGUUGUCGGUGGCGUAGGCGGUGCCCUCCUCCUCGGCGGCAUCGCCCUCGUCUUCUGGCGCAUGAAGAAGCGCCAAGCACGUGUUCACGAAGACGACGACGACCUCAUGGCCGGCACUGGCUCAGCCCUCGGCGACAAGCCUCAGAACGGCACCGGUUCAUCGCCCUUCCAGUCGAACCUGGAGCAGUACCACAACCCAGGAGGACGCCCCAACGCAGCUGCCAACUUCUAG